GGUGAGAGAGGCAGGCAAGUAUGCGUGCUGGUGUUUAAAAUCUCCUCCACAGCACAAGAGCUUCACUGAAGGCAGUGGAUUGAAACCAGGAAGACGGAAAUUUGCUAAUGGAUUUUCGAACUUAAACCAACCUGUUAUAGGACAAAGGUCACCACUGUGUAAAGUCCUGACAGGUUGCCGCUGAGUUCAGAAGACCUUCUCAAAGAGAAACAAGAGAUUUUUUUUCUGCAAAGUCCCAAACCAGCACAGGUGCUGUAAGAUACGCGUCACUGCCUACCAUGCUAUCUUUUGCCCUGUUUGGGGGCCUUUUUGUCCUCAUUGGCACUUCCUGGGGCUCACACUCCUUCACUCACACAAUGAGUCCUCGCCUGCACUUCCGCCUGUACCAUGGCUGCUACGGAGACAUCAUGACCAUGGAGACCCCUGGUGUCCCCUGUGAUAACACCAGGAUGAUUGCCUGCGGCAUCCGUGGUUCUGAGAUGUUUGCUGAGAUGGAUUUGAAGGCCUUACAGUCUUACCAAAUUCUGAUCAAAGAAAUUGGACUGCGGCACUGCGUGGACCCUGCUCUCAUUGCAGCCAUCAUCUCUAGAGAAAGCCACGGUGGAACCAUCCUGCUGGAUGGCUGGGACCACACAGGAUUUAAAUUUGGCCUGAUGCAGCUUGAUAAAAACAUUCAUCGUCCUGUUGGUACCUGGGAUGGCAAAGAACACCUUUUGCAGGCUGUUGGGAUUCUCACAGACAGAAUUAAGGCAAUCCAGAAAAAAUUCCCCAGCUGGAGUGUGGCUCAGCACCUCAAAGGUGGUCUCUCGGCCUUCAAGUCAGGAACUGAAGCCAUUGCCACCUCUGCAGACAUACAGGCUGACUAUGUCAAUGAUGUUUUAGCCCGAGCUAAGUUCUAUAAGAAACAUGGCUUCUAGACAAAGCUCCAUGGGUGGGCCAGGUUGGUAGGUGCUCAUAUGACCCCUCUUUGAGGAUUUGAUAAGGUUGUGUUGUACCCAAUGCUGGCAAAGAAUGGUUGCACUUAAGACAAAAAAUUCAUUUCCUACUCUUCUUCAUGCAAGUAAGCAUAAAAAAAGGAAAAUCCUUCCAGUUCACAUUAUGUUUUCUGUGAGAUAUAUAUAGAUAUAUGCAUAAUUACUGUGCAGUACAGUGGAUAUCACAGUAAAUUAUGUAUUCUUACCAUAUUCUUAGGAAUAAGUCUGCCUAUUCCAGCAGGGCCUCAUUUUAGCCUGUGACUUUUCUUUUCCUGACUACACCACACGGCAUGUGGGAUCUUAGUUCCCUGACCAGGGAUCGAACCUGUGCCCCCUGCCGUAGAAGCACAGAGUCUUAACCACUGGAACACCAGGAAGUCCUAGUUCAUGAUUUCAAUGCCCACAUACUCCCUGUCUUACCAGAAUUACUAAAAAGAAGAGAGCCUGACCUGAGCCUUGGAUCUCCUCCCAGCAUCUGCUCAAGCCCCUGGAGCUUUGCUUGUGAGGGAUGCCUGACUCAUAAGCCAACCUGGGAAAUGGUAGAGAAACCGUCAGGUUCCCAGGGUGGAAUUUGAGCUCCCUGGGCACCUGAGAGCCAACCUCGGCAAAGCUAAUCCUCCUCAAGGACUGCAUCCCUCAGGCCCACUCCUGCCUCCUAUGUCUUCUUCUUCUUCUUUGAUGAAGAUCCAGGGACUGGCUUCUCUUCUUCCCUUUUUAGUCAGUAGUUGCUGCCACAUGCUCUUUCAAGGGGUCCAUUCUCCACAAAAUGUGGCUGAAGAUAAGCAUAUUGGGCCUGAAUUUGUUGUGGUUCUUUAGGUGCAAGUAAAAGCCAAUCCUCGAAAUUUUAAGCAAUAAAAGGAAAUUACUGAAAGGCUAUCAAAAGGCUCACAGAGCCAAUGAGAAGAUCGAGGACAAGAAGAGAAACCAGGCAACUCUGGACUCUGGGUAGCAGGAACCAGCUGACCGUGCUUUGUAGCACCCUACUGCAUGAAUCAACUAGUGCGCUCACUGCAUAGAUGAACUCCAAUGCCUUUUUCUCCCAUCCUUUCACCAUUCUGCUUCAUUUUUAUCAUCCCAGGGGAGAGAGUCUGAUGGACUAUCUUGGAUCAUACACAUACCUAUGGGCUGGCUGCUUUGCUUUAUGGUCUUGCCCAGACCACCUACCAUGGGGAAGAGACAGUCCUCCUGAAGCCUCAGGUAGAGUGCAGCUUUUGCUUCCAUACUUAGGAGAAAAACACCAGUAACAUGUUGGAUUGUAAAGUUCUCAAAGUCCCUGCCGAUGUGGUCCUUGCUGGGCCUUUAGCUUCCUUCAGAGAUAUUUGAUGAAUGUUUCUAUGCAUAACUUCUUUUUCUGAGGAGGAAUCAAAAUCAUACCCACCUGACUUCCCUGGUCCAGUGGAUAAGAAUCUGCCUGUCAAUAUAGGGAACAGGGGUUUGAUCCCUGGUCUGGGAAGAUCCCAUCUGCUCUGAGACUACUGAGUCUGUGUGCUCCAACUGCUGGGCCCUUGUGCCUUACAGCCUGUGCUCCAUAGAAAGAGAAGUCACCGUGAUGAGAAGCCCUUGCAUGGCAACAAAGAGUAGCCCCACUCACCGAGACUAGAGAAUGCCCUCGAGCAGCAACCAAGGCUCAGCACAGCCAAAAAAAAAAUCAUAACUGCCUACAUCUGAGCCCCCCUGGAAAAAGCCAGGUAAAUCCUUCUCUGCUCAAUGACCUCUCAACCCUGCCUGAAGAUGUGACCCAGGCCGAGCUGGGACCCCUGUGUUUCACUGGGGCAGAGCCAUAGUGUGACAGUAUACAGGCCAGCAUCUUCUAUGAUCAGAUGAGGACCAGGCCAUAUCAGCUGUUAAAUAUUUGAUUAUUACCUCUGCAUAUAGGCAAUCCAGGACAUUCUUUAGACAUUCACUUUGCUCAAGAAUGAUUUCUUCUGUGGGGGAAACCACAAACAUGUUCUCCAUUUAAUUGCAAACUCCUUCAAUGUCACCACUGAAACAAUAAAGUACACCCAGGUGAGAUCAUUUCAAAAUAAUUUAAAAACAAGAAACAGUAUGAUGACUUAUGACUGAGACACCAGAUAUUGUAGAGGAGAGCCCAUAUUUAAGGUGUCAUAGUUUGGUUACCAUAGAAGUAGACCCUGACCCUCAGGUGCAGGUGGUUUAUUUGAGCGCUGCAGGGAAUGCUGGUAUGAAGUGGCUCAGGGAUACAGGGAAGGGAAGACAACUCAUUAAACAUAUAUCAUCAAGCCGGCUACCACAGUGGGCAUUGGAGGCUGGUCCCCCAAGCAAACAUCAGGAACUGUACAAAACACACACUGCAGAACUAAUAUUACACUCUAGGGCCAAGGAGCUGGGGUACUUAUGCACCAACUUCUAAGAGCCAUUGACUGAUAUCUGCCUGUUGAGGGGAGAGCACGUUAAUUCUUUGCUCUUCCGGUCUGCCGUGUAACUAGGCGGUGUACUUACCUGCACUUCCAAGGGAAGGAGGCCGUAGAUGCCGACAUGCAGAUCCUGGCAGUUGUAAAUCAGCUGAGGAUCCUGAAAUGUCUAGGGACAUAGGAAGGCCCUUGCUUGUGUAUAGGGCACUCUCCAGAAAACCUCUCUUUCCUCCCUCUAGCAUGUGCUGUUGCUUCAGUCGUGUUCAACUCUGUUAUCCUAUGCACUGUAGCCCGCCAGGCUCCUCUGUCUAUGGAUUCUCCAGGCAAGAAUACUGGAGUGGGUUGCCAUGCCCUCCUUCAGGAGAUCUUCCCGACCCAGGGAUUGAACGCGUGUCUCUUAUUUCUCCUGUGUGUUCAGUCACUGGUCAGGGAACUAAGAUCCUGACCAUCUCCCCGACCCCAAAACAAACCUCACAAAUGCCUGAAACAGAGGCUGGCUUUAGUCAAAGGAACACAAAGGAAGGCCUGGCCAAUGAGGGGGAGAAAACACAAAGAACAAAACACAGAUUAAAGUGUGAAAGGAAUUAUGCCAUGUGGACAUUCCUAUUGCUUGGGUUCACUCAAUACUUUCCUCAGAAAAGCUAUGUUGUUUAUUUUUAAGAAGAUGACAGGUUAAAACAUGGCUGAAGCUUUAAAAAUGUGAAGGGCAGAAAGGGAUGGGGAGGCACGGUUUCUCAUUGUGCCUUUUGAGGUUAAAGAGCCUGAACACUUUACAACAGGGUCCCCAACCUCCAGGGUCCCCCACCUCUAAUGCCUGGUGAUCUGAAGUGGAGCUGGUGUAAUAAUAGAAAUAAAGUGCACAAUAAAUGUAAUGCACUUGAAUCAUCCUGAAACCACAUCCCCACCCCCAGUCCGUGGAAGCAUUGUCUUCCAGGAAACCGGUCCCUGGUGCCAAAAAGGUUAGGGACCACUGUUUUACAUGAGUCUGCAGGCUCUGGCAUCCCGAGAAGGGCUGCACACCAGCAGCCACCGGAAUCUGGGUGUGAAUUGCUUCUCAUUUCUGUUUCACUUGUUUAUCUUUUUGGCUGGUUGCCUGGGGUUGAAUUCCUAUUUGAUUGACAAGCUCAAAUUUAACAGCAGCAAAGAGUACCAACACCACUCCAGGGCUUGGCUUUGUCAAAACCAGUUUGAGUGUAAUUAUCAUUGAGGAAAAACAGCUUUUCUCAUUUUUUAAAGAAUGAAAUUAGUUGCUGGAGGCUGUUCACUGUAAUUUGAAACUAGCAAAACCAUAUGGAGCCAUGACUGUGAGCAUCCCAUCUUAUCUGUUUGCACAUCCCAAGUCAAUGGUGUGAAAAUCAACAGGUUUGGCUUCCCUAAUUCUCCAUGUGGCUCUGUUCCUAACCGUGUCUUCUCCUAGCCUACCUAAUUCUCGCUCCCACUAUGUCCUUCACUCAGUCGCUCACACUCAUGGUCCUCCCUCUGCAGGGUCUGUGCUCCUCCACCUGUUCCCCAAGCUGUCUGCCCCUUCUGAACUCUUAGGUCUACACAAACCUCUCCAUUUCCUAUGGCUCUCCCAUGGGCUUGGCGUCCCCUCCUGCUGCCUCUAUUCCCCAGCCUUCCGUCACUACUUCCUGCAUUUUUCCCACACUGAAUUCUAAAAUUAAGAUAAAGACAUGUUACAAAGUGAACUCUCGGUCAAGGUAUUUCUGACUUAAGGAACUGGAGCCAGAGAAUCUGGAUUAGCCUUUUCACAGGUAAAGAACAAAAAUUCCUUAUCGCUUACAGCUUUGAGGAGGUUUUUUGGAGUCCUCUCUAAAGAAAAAGAGUUCCCUGCUCAGGUAUCCUUUGAACUUUGUGUCCAUGGAUCUAAAAUAAAAUGA